CUUUCUUCGGUUCUCCCCCCCUGGCCGUGGCCGCCAAUGGAGCUCCACGGAGCACCGCUAUUUAUAAACGCCAGCAGCCGCCCCAUCUCCAAGCCAGCCCGCCCCGUCAGGGAUCUCAUCUCGAUCCACUUAGAUCGAUGCGAGGCGCCGCCAUGCUCCGGUGCGACGCCGCCAUGGCCGCCGGCCCCGGGGGAUCCUCCGCUUCCAGCUUCGGCGCGCGCCACUUCCCGCAGCAGCAACGGCGGCGCGCGCUUUCGCCGGCGGCGGGGAAGAAGAAGAAGAGCGGCGGCGGGGGUGGGGAUAGAUCCGGGUACCUGGGCGCGGUGCUGGCGGCGGCGGCGGCGACGCUGCUGGUGCUGCCGCUGCUUCUCCCCCCGCUCCCGCCGCCGCCGCCGCUGCUCCUGCUCCUCCCCGUCGCCAUCCUCGCCGUGCUGCUGCUGCUCCUGCUCCUCUGCAACACCGUGCCCUCCGACUCCAGAGGCCUCGCCGCCCUCGCGCGCUCCUCCUCCUACAACUUGUAAAUUAAAAUGUCAUCGUCGUCUUCGUCGCCGGCCGCCGCUGCCGCCGUGUAGCAGUGUACCUGUAAUUAAUUAGCUGAGCUAGCGUAAGCGUAGCAAGGAAUGCGGGGGUUGUUCCUUGUUGAGAUGCUAAGACUAAAUUCAUGGAGAGGGUUAAUUUUGCCCGGACUAAUUUUAUACUCCGUAGAUGAUUUUAUCUGUC